AUGGGUGUGGGGCGGCUCGGGUCCAUCGGACUCUGGCUGCUGAUCUUGAUGCUGUGCGUCCGGCAGCUGACCCGACAUUUUUCGGCCUUGGUCACCCCAAGCGCCAGCGAACAUGAGAGGCUGCUGGAAGGUCUACAUGGGAAACACCUCAACCCCGACUGGUUAUCCUCCGUGCUCCAGCAAGCUGCCCAAAAGGGACAACAGCCACUGCCAUCCAACGAUGUAGCUUCACUGCAGGUGGUGCUGGGUACGGAGAAAUUUUGGCCACAGUCUCAGUCUGCACAACUGCAACUGGACUUAGUGGGGAUGAAGCAACCCGUGUACCUCUACCUGAAGAAAGUCAUCGCCAGAGAUAUGCCGGCGAAGAGUGCUCAAGCACUUCGUCGUGAUUUGAGCUCUAAUCGCAAUGAGGCUCGUUUCUAUCAAGAGUUUUCUGCAGAGAUGCGUGCAAGGGGCGUUCCCUUACUGCAGGCUCCUUUGGUGCAGGAGGACUUCUCAUGUUUGGACACCAAAAUUGAUGGAGACGAGGAAGAACAUUUGCGCGAAGGUGGCAUGCUUUUGCUACUGGAGUGUGCUGACGAGGGCUUUAUGCAAACAUCGCCAUUGUCAUUCGACCAAGCAGCCCUCAGUUUGUCCUUGCUGGCAAACUUCCAUGCAGCAGCUUGGGAGGACCGGGACCUACUUCACAAGGCAUCCAAUCGGUUGUAUGCCACCGGCAGUUACUGGAUGCUGGAUCGACGUGGCAGGGCGGAACUGCAGCAGUUGAAGCCCAUUUGGAAGAAUUAUUUGGAAGCUUUCCAAUCGCAUGCCCCAGACUUUUUGGCCCAGCCUUCCAUCCGGAUGCUGGCAGAGCGGUUGGAGCGCACGGCCGUUUGGGUCGCGGAGCAGCUGAGGCCGUCUGCGGAAGAGGACUUCGCCACCUUGAUGCAUGGUGAUCCCAAGGCUAUGAACAUGUUCCUACCUACAAUCAUGGCGGAAAACAGCAAGGCUCUGAUCAUCGACUUUCAAUGGACCGGUGUGGGCUACGGUGUGGCAGAUGUGGCUAUGCACUUGCCACAUUCUGUUCAUGAUGCUGCCCUGAGGGACGGCGGGGAGGAGAAACUGGUGAAGAUGUAUUACAACGACCUGAUAAGGGCGUUGGAACAACGGUUGCCCAAGCCACGCUUGGAUGCCUUCACUUUUGACCAAGCAUGGCAUCUCUAUCGCUUAGCCUUCGUGGAUUAUGCCCGGAUGGUCAUGUGCAAUUUCUUCAAGGGAGCUUCACCAGCUGCCUUCCAGGCCCAUGCCCACCGGCCCAAUGUGGGUUUUCUAUAUCGAAAUGUCGAGGCAUCGCUGCAUUUCCUGCAGCAACUUGAUCAACACCUGCGCUAUGUGGAAGAACUCCGUGGGGAGCAACCAGUGACCACGGUGGAAGUGUCGCCAGAUCAGUCUUUGCGAUGA